AUGUUCGCACUCAAGGUAAAGUUUAGAUGCAGUGAUGAGUUGAAUGUUGAGCACAAAUACAAUGGUUUUAAGACAACAUUUGAAGGCAAAGAACUGGACGUAUAUUUGGGAAUCCCUUUCGCCGAACCACCGAUCGGUGACUUGAGAUUCAGAAAACCCAAACCAUACAAAUGGGACGGACAGGUGAUCGACGCGAAGACAUGGCCUAACAAUUGCAUUGAAGUGGCUUUGAUGCCAAACAAUAGCGAAUGGUUUCGUCAAAACAGCGAUGUUUGGAGCGAAGACUGUCUUUAUCUCAAUAUAUGGUCGCCUCAGAGAAAGUCUAGUUAUACUCAAAGACCUGUAUUGGUUUGGAUACACGGCGGAGGACUUAUAGCCGGUUCGUCCACUCAUGAGCUGUCAAAUGGUGAGGCGUUGGCGGCGUUGGGAGAUGUGGUGGUCGUCUCAAUACAGUAUAGACUACACGCGUUGGGAUUCCUGUACAGCGGCACCGAUGAGGCGCCCGGAAAUGUGGGGCUUUGGGAUCAGGCAAUGGCUCUCCAAUGGAUUCAAGACAAUAUCGCUCACUUCGGCGGCGAUCCAAACCAAGUGACUAUCUUUGGCUGCUCUGCCGGCGGAUGGUCUGUAAGUCUACACGUGUUGUCUCCCAUUAGUAGAGGUCUAUUCAGAAACGGUAUUGUGAUGUCGGGCGCAGGGAUUGUGCACCAAACCGGCCAAAGUCCUCAACAAUCUCUACAAAAUUGGUUAAAAGUGGCGAAAGCGGCCAAAUGUGGAGACGGAAAACAAUUCACCGAUAAAGACAUGGAGUGUUUGCGUCAAAUACCGGCCCAAGAGUUGGCUCAAAGUUACAGUCAACCGGAAAUGACAAGCGAUUGGAUGGGAAUUAUGGCAAUCGUCACAUACGGCGAUCAGUUUCUACCCGAAAGACCACUGGAUAUGUUGGAGAAGAAGAAUUUUAAGAAAGAUAUGUCACUUCUGGCCACUACUUGCGAGGACGAGGGCGGGCUAUUCCUUCCCCGUCACGUUAAUAUCGAGUAUUUUAUACCACAUUCUGAAAUAAAACUAUCCAAAGAAGAGGCGAUAGAGAUAUUGAAGAACAUAUCAAAACAAAUAAAGUCCGCCAUUCCGGUCAAUGUUGAAGCCGGUGCUCGACUUUAUAUGUCUUCGCUUCCAUCACAUGAUAGUGAACUACUUUUGAGAACUAUUGGUAUAGCGAUGGGAGACUUCCUUCUGGUUUGUCCGACAAAACAGUUUGCGAAAGCGGUCUUCAGUGACGGAGAGACCAAUAAUAAAGUAUACGAAUAUCACUACACGAGUGCAGCCAAACCAACCCCAGGAAAGCAUUACUGCAGCAAAUGGAUGGGUGCCUGUCAUUGCAUGGAUAAUAUUAUGCAAUUUGGUUAUCCUAUAAGACAUCCUGAAGGAUAUUCCGACCAAGAUAUUGCUCUGUCCAGAAGAAUGAUUGACUCACUUGCAUACUUUGCUAAACACAAUGAACUUCCGCCACAAGAAGGUAUUGAAUGGCAAUCGUAUUACACAUUGAAUGGAGAUGUGGUUCGACCCCAUUAUGAGUGGGCGAUCGCACCCAACGCUGGACUCUUCAAGAAUGCACUCAAAGAGACUGAAUGCAAGUUUUGGAAGUAUUAUAUCGAUAGACAAUGAAUUCAUAAAAAUAAGUGUUUUAUUAAUCAUUAAUGAGAGUAGUUUCAUGUGUUUUAAUUAAUAGUAUUUCGUUCGCCAAUUCACAGG